AAGAGGUCACCGUUGGUUUUCAAGAUGGCGGCCCUCAAUGUGCUGGUGUACAACUGUAGACGGCUGCUCCGUGGGGGCUUUCUGGCUGGCCCGAUCGCGACCAGCUGGGCUCGGCUUCCAGCUCGCGGGUUCAGGGAAGUGGUGGAGAUCCAAGAAGGGAAGACGACUACAAUUGAAGGCCGGUUAACAGGGACUCCCAAGGAAAGCCCAAAGCCCCCGAACCCCUCUGGCCAGUGCCCCAUCUGCCGGUGGAACCUGAAGCACAAGUAUGGCUAUGAGGACGUUCUGCUACUCAGUCAGUUCCUCCGGCCUUGUGGAGGCAUGCUGCCUCGAAGGAUCACAGGCCUGUGCCAGGAAGAACACCGUAAGAUUGAGGAGUGCGUGAAGAUGGCCCACCGAGCAGGUCUCUUCCCAAAUCACAGCCUCAGCUUCCUGAAAGGAUUUGUUCCGAAGAGCAAACCCCAACUCAACCGGUACCUGACCCGCUGGUCUCCACGCUCUGUCAAGCCCAUCUAUAAUAAAGGCCAUCGCUGGAACAAAGUGCGCAUGGCCGUGGGGUCACCCCUCCUGAAAGACAACGUCUCCUACUCAAGAAAGCCUCUGAUGCUGUAUCACUGACUGGGAGCAGGGCUCCCUGAGAACGUGACCAGAGCACCCGCACUCCAGCCCCAUCCCGCCACGGCGGCCCAGCUCCCCCGGCAGGUGCGAGAGGCGGUGGGGACCGACUUCAGUGCCCCCAGCCCGCCUGGCAACGGCACCGGGACGAUGGUCGGGUCCCUGAGCAGCAGCGGUGGUCUCGUGACCGCCGUGGGCCAUGCUUAGUGCUGGGGAACAGGAGUUCUCCCCAAAGGAAUGUCAUCAACCAGGCUCUUAGACUCUG